UCAUCCAUAAUCGCCACCUUAUAUAUUUCUGACGCAAUUAACAUGCAUCAUCAUCAUCAUCUUCUUUUCUUCCCCAAUCCCCCAAUCCUUUCCCUAUAUAUAUCCACCCCCUCUGCUCCAGAAGCCCCCCCACCGCCAUUAUCAGCAACAAUCGAAUUGAUCAUACAGACAGCAAUGGUGGAGAUUCACGACGAACAGAUCGAUCCACCCAGCCCGAGCCCGAGCACUUCCACGGAGACAAUGGAGGACCUCCCCGGCACCGACGACGACGACGACGAAGGAAUCAGCUACGACGACUUGAAGCACCGGAUGUGGAAAGACCGCCUUCUGAUGAAGAAGAUGAAGGCCCGCAAGGACUCGUCGGCCGGCACCUUCACCGACGCCAUGGCUGCCAAGAUGGAGCAGUCGCGGCGGAAGAAGAUGUCCCGCGCUCAGGACGCCGUCCUCAAGUACAUGGUCAAAAUGAUGGAUGUCUGCGACGCCCAGGGCUUCGUCUACGGCAUUGUCCCCCGCAAGGGCAAGCCCGUCACCGGCUCCUCCGACAGCCUCCGCGAGUGGUGGAAGGAGAAGGUCCGAUUCGACCAGUCGGCGCCGGCGGCGAUCUCUGAGUUCCUUCCCGCCGCCGCCGCGGCCGAUGAUGAUCUAAUAAACCUGGACCCGGAGUCGUACAUGAAUUUGCUCCAGGACCUCCAGGACACGACUUUAGGGUCUCUCCUCUCCGCCCUGAUGCAGCACUGCGUGCCCCCGCAGCGGCGGUUUCCGUUGGAGAGAGGGCUGGCUCCGCCGUGGUGGCCGAAGGGGGACGAGCUGUGGUGGGGGAAUCAGGGGGCGGCGCACGAGCAGGGUCCCCCGCCGUACCGGAAGCCCCACGAUUUGAAGAAGGCGUGGAAGGUCAGCGUUCUGGCUGCAAUAAUCAAACACAUGUCGCCCAAUCUGGAUCGGAUGAGGAGACUGGUGAACCAGUCGAAGUCAUUACAGGACAAGAUGACGGCGAAGGACACCGUCACGUUGUCCAAAGUGGUAGGCCAGGAAGAAGCCCUGAUGAAGCAGGCGCAGAAGUCUCUGAAAAUAUCGGAUGAGGGGUCGUCGGACAAGGACAAAAUCGGGGGGAGGACGACGGGUAAUGAGAAGAGGAAAUGCUCGCCCGACGUGGCGGAUUCGGGUUUGGGUCUGGAUGCGGAUCCGGAUCCGGACAUGGAUCCCCUUUACUACGCAUGUCAGAAUUGGAAGUGCCCGCAGAGCGACGUCGAGUACGGAUUUCCGGACAAGAAUUCGAGGCUGGAGCACGAAUCAGUGUGCGUUUACAGGGAUGAUCUGAAUCUGAAUCUGGAUCUGGAUCUGGAUGAGAAUGUGGCGAGCUUGAGGGAAUGGAUACAGCUGGCGCUGGAGAAGGGGGACGAGAUGUCAGGGGUAGGGCUAGGAAGCUGCAGACAGUCUGAUUAUGGGUUUGAUGGGGAGAAGAAUGUUGACGACGAUGUUUCAGCCAUGGAUAGAUACUCGAAUUACUGGGGGGUGAAUUGUAAUAAUGAUAACAACAUGUUGCAGUAUGGUUCGGACAUGGAUUUGAACGCGCGACCGUUGGAGGAGACCACCUUGCGUGAAGACAGCAAUGCUGCUGCUGCUCAUACUUCAAUUUGGGACUUGGCUUAUCAACAUGUAGGGAAGUAAAAUUAUAUAUAUAUAUAUGUAUGUAUGGAUUGUGUGUCGUGUAGUGAUUUGAAUUAAUUAAUAUAAGUUAAAUGAAAGAAUGGAGAUAUACAACAGAGGCCAGCAUUGUAAUUACUAAUACUAGUAGUAGU